AAGGCGAAGAGUAUGUCGCCGUUGCGAGGGAGACGUGGAGGAGAUAGGGUCGCGAAGAAUGUAUGAGAGACAUUGAGCAGUCGUGGGCCCAGACGAAGUGGAGAGCAGUAAAUAGAAGAAAGUGAUGUGUUCCACUUGGAACCCAAGGGAAUAAUAAUAAAUUAUAAUAAUGGACAAAUUUAACAUUUUUGAAUUAUGUUCUUGAAUGAAUAUUUCUUAAAUCUAUUGUCAGAUUAUUGGAGCUACUGUUAAAAUUUCUAAUAUGAGUACUUUGUGUAUGCCAAAGUUGACCUUCAAAUGUUAGGUUUAUUUCAGCGUCAAAAUGUUCCUCAAAUUCGUUUCCGCGUUGUUGAUUGUUCUGCUGGAAGUAUCUGCAGAACAGUCAUCUAGGGCACUCAUACUAGCAGCAAAUGAUGGAAAUACAACUUUUUUUCAUUACGUUUCAGAUGGACAGUUACUUCAGAAUCCACAUAUAAUUGCCGUGGCAGCCUUUGAUAACAAAGUUAAUACAACUGGAUGGUCAUCACUCACGGUGUCAACGUCUUCGGAGUUCCCUGACUUCCUUCAAGCAUAUUGGGCUGGCUUUUUGGAAACAAAUCUCACUCUCAGUUUAACUGAUGCUAUGUGGAUAAAUACUGCCAGAGAUAUGUGUUCAAAACCACUAUCAGAAAGCUGUAAGAAGUUGCAGAAAUACCUAACAGAAAAUAUGGUUUAUAUGCUAGAAGAGACUUAUGAAAACAGCAACCACGAUCCUUUCUGGUACCAAGUAGGCUUGCAAUUAUGGCAGAUAAAAGGAAUGUUGGAUGCUUAUAAUGAAAAAUUCAUUUCUACUUCAGAUAAACUGAACGAGGGCUAUCUUAAUGAGAUAACUGAUGAAGUAAUGGGCAUUUAUUUAUUGCAAAUAAAUGGUGAUUUUGGUGAUUUAUUGAGUGCCUUAUCUCUUCCAACGCUUAAAUAUGGUGUAAAUGAACUUGGUCAUCCAUAUACAAUGGCUACAUCAUGUUCAGUAUUAUUCAAAGUAGUUAAAAAUAAUGUGUACAUGUCACAUGUUACCUGGACAUCAUAUAGUAUGAUGCUAAGAGUAUUAAAACAUUAUAAUUUCCCUUGGAAAGUUGUCAACAGUACAAAUUCACCAAAAAUUCCUGGUUACGCUAUCACAUUUUCUUCUUAUCCAACGUUUACCAGUUCAGUUGACGAUUUUUAUGUGACAAGUGCAAAACUUGUUAUUACAGAAACUACUAAUACUGUGCAUACCGAUAAACUUUGGCCUAUUGUUCGUGAUGGUAGUAGAAAUUCUGUUUUUACAUUUAUACGCUCUAUGGUAGCAAGUCGUUUGGCAACAACUGCAGAUGAAUGGAUUUCCUACUUUAAACGCAAAAAUAGUGGAACCUAUAAUAAUCAAUGGAUGGUGUUUGACGCUAAACGAUGGCCAGCUGACAAAGGGUCACUUAUGAUUGCUGAACAGUUACCUGGAAUAGUGGAAAGUCUUGAUGUGACAAAUAUAUUGAAAUCUCAAAGCUAUUGGGCUAGUUAUAAUUUACCAUAUAUUAGGGACAUAUAUGUAAUGAGUGGAACAGAAGAUAUGGCGAAAAAGUAUGGGCCUUGGUUUGUGCAUAACAUGACAGCAAGGGCGAACAUUUUCCGUCGUGAUCAUCACAAAGUUGUUGAUUUUCCAAGUAUGAUGAAGCUUAUGAGAUAUAAUGAUUUUACGCGUGAUCCACUAUCUCUAUGUCCUUGUAAACCUCCAUAUACAAGUAGCAAUGCAAUAUCAUCAAGGCAUGAACUGAAUGAUCCUAAUGGUUAUUAUCCAGUCCCAUCGUGGGCUUAUCGUUUAGCCGGGGAACAGACGCGAAAAUUGUGGAUUUAUCAAUGAUUAAUCAACUCAACAUGAUCGCAAUCAGUGGACCGACCUAUGAUGACCUGCCACCGUUCUCCUGGUCAUUAAUCAAGGGUGCGAAAAAACCUUUAAUGCACCCAGAUAGAUGGCAAUUCCCACCUGUAAUUACCAAUUUCACCGAUUUUCUGUGCAUAAAUAGCAGUAUUCCCGCUAGAUUAUUUACACUUCAAGCAUUGUUUUAGUGAUUACUCUAAAAUAAUUGACAUUUAAAUAAACAAAUUCCUAUAUUGUUAAUCGUUUCUACAUUGCUCAAAUAAAUCUAAUCACUGAUU